AUGCCCCAAGAUAAUUUCUUCACUUCGUCCUUUGGGGCUCCUGAAAUCAUCGUCGCUUUAUCACUGGGCUUGUUCAUCGUAUGGAAUUGCCGGUUGUCAACGAAGAGGCAUCGCUAUCCCCCUGGGCCGCCGGGCAACAUUCUUGUCGGAAACAUUCUAGAGGUCCCCUCCUCCGGCGCAUGGUACAAGCUCACGGAGGACAAGAACGUGUAUGGGGACCUCGUCUACUUUCACGGACUGGGGAACCGCAUACUGGUCCUGAACUCGCUCCAGGCCAUUACGCAGCUCUUUGAAAAGAGAGGCGCUAUCUAUUCGGAUCGACCGUCUUUCACGGUCGUAGGCGAGCUCAUGGACCUUGGUCAGAGCAUGGCCUUGCUGUCUUACGGCGAUGAGUGGAAGGCACACAGACGACUUGCACACGUUGCGUUGAGCGCUGGUGCCGUAAAACGCUACUAUCCCAUUCAAGAGGACCUCGCGGCGCUGCUAUGCCAGGCUCUGGUCGAGAGCCCGGAGGAUUUCUUCGGACAUGUCAGACUCGCCUCGGCUCGCCUUAUCAUGACAAUCACCUACGGGUUAUCCGUGAAUACUGCCGAUAGCGAGUAUAUAACGCACGCAGAAGACACCAUGGAAAUGAUCAGUCAGGCGACUGUUCCCGGAGCGUUUCUUUGUGACCUUAUCCCUUGUAUGAAAUACCUGCCUUCAUGGAUGCCUUUUCAGAAGUUCGCAAGCAGAGGCAGAAAGAUGAUCGAGCAGUUCAUCAACAAACCAUUCGAACAGGUCAUGCGCGAAAUGGACGCCGGGAUCGCACCUCCUUCUCUUACGCAGGACUUGCUGAGCCGGGAAGGCGGUGACAGUCCCACCCUAAAACAUCAGAUCAAGUGGACUUCGGGGGCACUCUUCGGAGGUACAUUCAUGCAUUCACCACGCACAUACUCCACAGUACUGACAUGCAUCAUGGCGAUGGCUCUGCAUCCAGAGACGCUGCGGAAAGUUCAGGUCGAGCUUGAUCGGGUCGUAGGCACAGAGCGCAUGCCCAGGAUCGACGACCGUGCCGGCCUCCCCUACGUCGAUGCAGUAAUCAAAGAGACGCUGCGAUGGCACCCCGCCGUGCCCCUCGGCUUUGCUCGCACUCUCGCAAAAGAUGACGUCUACGAAGGAUUCUACAUUCCCAAAGGGACUAUACUGGUCCCGAACGUCUGGUAUGCGGCAAUCGCAUUCGCACCGCAUGGGCCGUACGACCCGUACGCGUUCGCUCCUGAACGGUUUCUCGUUCCGGAUGGCGAUGACUUGCCACCCGACCCUGCUGUCUGGGCGUUCGGCUUCGCUCGCCGUAUAUGUCCGGGGAGGUACCUGGCGGAGAAUUCCGUGUUUAUCCUCAUCGCCACGAUUCUGGCCAUGUUCGAUAUCAGCCUGCCGGAGGGCGCGGAGUUGAAGCCGAAGUUCACGAAGGGAUUGGUGAGGUAA